CUGCACCUUGGAGCCAAGGCRGUGUUGAAACUAGGGAGCAGGAUACAGGGGCAGCUGGGAGGAAGGUGCUGGAAUGCAAGGACAUGCCCGCUUCUGAGUUAAAAAAUGGYCUCUCUAAAUCACAAUAUCAGGGGUUAAAGACGGGGGAGAACGGAGAGCGGAGUCUGUCCCAAGAACCUGUGAAAAGAAGCAAUCCGCACAUUUUCAGCAGACCUUCCUCAUUCAUUUUUCAAGAAUAUUUAAAGACUGACUCCAUGGCUGGCGCCCCUAAAAUUCUUUCUGCUUUCAAUUCGGUUCAUGCCUAUAAAAUUCCUGAGGAGAUGAACUCUAAAGCCUGCUCUCUGCCACAUACCGCCCCUAACGCUGUUAAUAAUAUACAAGAAAGCAAACAGUAUCACUGUGUUGUACAUAAGCCAAAUUUCAGAGAAGCAGAUCUGCAAAGCGCAGUGCCAGAGCCCGGCCCGACGAGAAGGUCCUUGCCCCAUGCUCGGUGCCCAGGCCAUGCGGAGCUGCAUGAGGACUUGGCUCGGGAUGUGUUUGAGGACAACCRUGACCUAAAACAUACGGAGAACGCUCUUCCGAGUAAAGCUGCAUCAAAGAGCAGUUGUGCAGAUAAGUAUGAGUGCUGUGACUCUGAAGGAGAGAUGGGGAAUGGUGUUUGGGAUCAGCAAGGCAAAGUGCAGAAAUCCUCAGUGUCCCCCAGCUUGGGCGGUGUAGAGCCAGAGCAUCCUCACUGUGGGGACCUGCAUCAGGGAAACGAGCAAUGCUGUGAUCCUGCUAACCAAACUGCUUUUUUCAGACCAAAGGAAAAUGCCACUUCUCAUUUUUUAAAUGAAUUCAACAAAGAAAAGCAAGCUAGUAACACUAGUCUUGAUUUUGCAAUGCAUCUAGAACAAGAGAAAAGUGCACCUCCUGUUUGUUUGCAUCAACCUGGUCUUCAAAACCAGCCUGAGAGACACCUGCAGGGUGAUCUUGCCAGCGAACAAAUAAGCAGGCAGACAACUCCCCUUCUUUACUAUCUUUCUGGGGGGAAAACCACCAACCUCCUGCAUCAAAGGAAGCACACCCAGCUCCAAGAGGACUUGAGGAGCUUGCCAAAAAAGCCUUCAACAAGCAAUUCUGCCUCAGCACAAUCCACAGAUGUACAAAGGGAAAGUAAUCAGCUCCCAAAGCCCCAACCCAACCAUCAGUGCGUUGCUGAUGAUCUGGAUGAGGCUCAAGAUGUCAUUCUGGGGAGUCCUGGUUCAUCCGUGGAGGAGAGUUUCAAGAAUGACUACAGAGAGCAACUUAAAGUGGCUCAAAAAAGGGUUCUGAGAGAAACCUCAUUUAAAAGAAAAGACUUGCAGAUGAGUUUGCCCAUUAGGCUGAGAAAGAAACCCUCUCAAAGGUCUUCCAUUGAACAUCUUAGAUCUUUUUCAUUAUCCAGUGCAAAUGAGGUUGCCAGACCUGUUCCUGGUCCUCCGCCUCAUCUGCAACUGGUAGAACACUUCAGUAAAGACGAAGAAAUUAAGAGGACACAAUUAGGUCGAACAGGGGGAAGGAAAAGGGUAACAAAAGAACAAAAGAAAAUGUGCUUUUCUGAACCUGAGAAACUAAAUCAGCUGGAAGAUAAGGAUGUAUCAUGGAGUCAAGUCAGGGAUGAAAUUACUGAGCCAGAUACAGCGGCAGCUGGGAGAAGGCCUCCGGAGAACCGAGGAAGGGCCCUGUCCAGUUCAGCUAUCUCCAAAACGGAGCUGAAGCAAAUCCAACAGACUGCGCUUAUCGAGUACAUGGAACGAAAGAUUAGCCAAAGACCGGGCAGUUCCCAGCACAUCCCAGUGCCUAACCCACCCGUGCAGAAGAGAUCUCCCCAUCCUAAGUGGCCUUCUGGCAAGGCUUCCAAUCCAAGCAAAAGCAGGAGGUCGCAAAACAACGARGUUCUCAGCCAGGCUUUCUCUGAAGAGGAAUUUCCGGAGGUGUUUGCUCCUGUGGCUCCAGCGGCCGCAUCGAGCGUGGCCGGUAGAUGCAGCCCCAGUUCAGGGGUGUCGCCGCAGUGUCACCCACAUCCGCAGGGCGCCCAGGGAAGCUGCAGCAGCAGCAGAUGUGUGUCAGCCGAGAGCCUCCCGCGGGCGGGCGCCGCGGACGGGCGCCGCGAGAGGGUCUCAGCAGCCCCUCCUUGCACGCAGGAAUCCCCGGGAUGUGCGAGCUCUGCAGCGCCGCCCGCCCGGAGCCGGGACCCCUGCCCAGGCUGCCCCAGGUAA